CGAUCUGAGUUCCUGCUCCGGACUUUCCUUCUCAUCCGGGCCAGUGUUGCCAGCCCCGUGUUUCCUGCGCUAAUGGCUGACCGCAUCUGAGGGAACAGGUGCUCAUUGGCAAGAACAAUUCUUGGAAUUUGAAUUUUUCCACAUCUCACAAUGUCAAAGUUAAAAAGUUCUGAAUCGGUGAAGGUGGUUGUGCGAUGCAGGCCAAUGAAUGAGAAGGAAGCUUCAGGUGGCUACGAAAGAAUUGUUCACAUAGAUGUAAAAUUGGGGCAGAUUUUGGUGAAAAAUCCCAAAGGCAGUCCAAGUGAAUUACCUAAGACGUUCACAUUUGAUGCUGUGUAUGAUCACAAUUCUAAACAAGUAGAAUUGUAUGAUGAGACUUUUCGACCUCUUGUGGAAUCAGUUCUGUUGGGUUUCAAUGGGACAAUUUUUGCUUAUGGACAAACUGGAACUGGGAAAACGUAUACCAUGGAGGGAAUCCGUUCAGAUCCUGAAAGAAGAGGUGUUAUCCCAAAUUCCUUUGAACAUAUAUUCACGCACAUAUCUCGUUCACAAAAUCAGCAGUAUUUGGUAAGGGCAUCGUAUUUGGAAAUUUACCAAGAGGAAAUAAAGGAUUUGCUAGCAAAGGAUCAAACUAAGAGAUUGGAGCUAAAGGAAAGGCCAGACACAGGAGUUUAUGUCAAAGACUUGUCGUCUUUUGUGACAAAAAAUGUGAAAGAAAUUGAACACGUCAUGAACGUUGGCAAUCAAAAUCGAUCUGUUGGUGCCACAAACAUGAAUGAACACAGCUCGCGUUCUCAUGCCAUCUUUGUUAUAACAGUUGAGUGUAGUGAAGUUGGACUCGAUGGAGAGAACCACAUCCGUGUUGGAAAGUUGAAUUUAGUAGACCUUGCUGGUAGUGAACGACAGGCUAAAACUGGAGCCCAAGGAGACCGGUUAAAAGAAGCAACAAAGAUUAACCUUUCUCUCUCAGCACUGGGCAAUGUGAUAUCUGCACUUGUGGAUGGUAAGAGCACUCACAUUCCCUACAGGGAUUCAAAGCUAACUCGAUUGCUUCAGGACUCAUUGGGAGGGAAUGCCAAAACUGUGAUGGUGGCAAAUAUUGGUCCUGCAUCUUAUAACUGUGAAGAGACUCUUACGACACUACGGUAUGCAAAUCGUGCAAAGAACAUUAAGAAUAAACCUCGAGUAAAUGAAGAUCCCAAAGAUGCACUUUUGAGAGAGUUCCAAGAAGAGAUUGCUCGGCUGAAAGCUCAACUGGAGAAACGAGGUGUGGGCAAACGGAAGAAGAAGAAUCGAAGAAGGCAGGGAGGCGAAGGGGAGGAGGAUAUGGAGGAAGAUGAUGGCGAAGAUGAUGAAGGGAUUAAAAAUGAACCUGAAUACUGGAGGGCCCAACAGGAAAAGCUGGAGAGAGAGAAGCGAGCCAUUUUAGAUGACCAUAGCUUAGUGGCGGAAGAAAAACAGAAGUUACUGCGUGAAAAGGAGAAAAAGAUGGGAGACGUGCGGAGGGAAAGGGAGGCCUCUGAAGCACUUGCUACUAAAAUUAAGGCUAUGGAAAGCAAACUUCUUGUUGGAGGGAAAAAUAUUGUUGAUCACACAAAUGAACAACAGAAGGUUCUGGAACAGAGACGUCAAGAAAUUGCAGAGCAGAAACGACGUGAGCGUGAGAUGCAGCAGCAAAUGGAAACUCAAGAUGAGGAGACUCUGGAGCUAAAGGAGACAUUCAGUUCCCUCCAGCAAGAAGUAGAUGUUAAAACUAAGAAGCUAAAGAAGCUAUUUGCAAAGCUCCAGGCAGUAAAAGCUGAAAUUGAUGACCUGCAAGCGGAACACAUCAAAGAACGGCAACAGUUGGAACAAACUCAGAAUGAACUCACAAGGGAACUCAAACUUAAGCACCUUGUAAUUGAGAACUUCAUACCUUUGGAAGAAAAGAAUAAAAUAAUGAACAGAGCUUAUUUUGAUGAAGAGGAGGACCAGUGGAAGACCCAACCUAUCACACGAAUUGAAGGGAAGGACGAGAGCAUCAGAGGGGUGAUGUUGCCAGGCAGUGAGAGCACCCCAGUGAAAACCUCCUUGUACAUGGAUGACGUCGCCAUCUUCAGCUCGGACCAAAGAAAUCAGCAGAUGAUGAAGCGACCUGUAUCAGCAAUUGGAUACAAGCGACCACUUAGCAGCUAUGCAAAAAUGGCUCUAAUAUCAAGAUCAGACCCCAGGUACAAGGCUGAAAACAUCUUGUUAUUGGAACUGGACAUGCCCAGCCGAACUACUCGGGAUUAUGAGGGACCUGCUAUUGCUCCAAAGGUACAGGCAGCACUGGAAGCUGCCCUGCAGGAUGAAGAUGAGCUUCAAGUAGAUGCCUCUACAUUUGACCCUCUUAGAAGUGGCAGUGGUAGAAAAUCUAAAUCCAGCAGGCCUAAAACUGGGAAGAAAAUGGGCCCCUCUUCAGCUGGGUCUGGAACCCAGCUCUACCCACAGUCUCGUGGCCUUGUUCCCAAGUAACUCUGUUCUCAAGAAGAUAAAAUAACUUGCCAGCAGGGAAAAAAACAAGAAGAGAUGAGUAAGCUUCAUCUCCAGGUCUCAUUUGCAUCUGGCCUUGUGCAGAUCAGAAGUAUUAUUUCAGUUGAAAUUAAAUUUAUAUUUGUAUUUUGUUCUUAGUGUGAACCAUUCCAUUUUUAGACAAAAACUGCACUUGCUCUAUACCCAUGUUUAUUUGACAAAAUUGUCUGUUUCACAAUAUAAUCCAAGUGGAUAGUGCCACUGCUUGCUGCUAUGGAAACACAUUAUCCGAUAUAUAUCAAAAGAAUACCUCACAUUUUAUGAGGAAACUUAUUGUAUUUAAAGAUUUCUUAAAACUGAUGAAUAACUUUGUCUUUAAUUUAUUAGAUUUUCUUGUUGGAAAGCAGAAUGUAGAUAGAAUAGAUUUGAACAUUUGUUACUGUAUAGUUGGUAUUUUUCAUACACAUUUUUAUUACUGUUUAAUGUUAAGUACUAAUGAUUUCUUUUCCGGACUGUUAAAUAACAUGCAGUAAGAAACAGAAGCUCUCCAGUGGUCUGACAACGUAAGACACGGUUAAUAAUUGUUGCAUACUUAGAUAUAGGUCGUCAAACAUCAACCUAAUUUUUAUUAAUAUAGAUCAGCCUUGUAUAAAGAUUGAUUGUAGUUUCUCUGAAACAUGCUUCGAAAAGUACAAAUUCCAAACUUUUAAUCAGACUGUAAAUGUUGCAGCUGAUUUCAGCAGUGGAGAUGCCAUCACGGAGUAAAUAUACUUCAACUUCCUAGAACCUACCAGUAUAAAAUCAUAACUAUUCAAGUGUAGGUUCUGAUUAUGAAUAUUACUUGUAAAUCAACAUAAAGCUUGUAAUAAAAUGUAGAAGGUUCAGUUUUAGAAUACCAAGUCAGUGCCUGGCUUAAAAUCUAGCUGGGAUAAAAUGUAUUGCGAUAUGGUCACUUCUGGGCUUGUUGAAACAUGGUGUUGUUGCAUAAUUCCACAUUUUUCUUGUUCCAUCAAAUAUUGGUGUGCCACAAAUUAUCUCUAUCACUCAAAGCAGGAAUCACUGUGAAAAUGUGCACAGCAAAUUUUGCAUUUAAGCCUGUUAACACGGUGCCUUGUUUGAUAGAAUCGCUUAUCAGAACUUAGCAGAUUCUCUACUUGUAAUUUAUUAGUGAAGAUUGUCAGUACAGAUGCAACUUUACAAAAUGUCCUCGCAAAACGUGCAACAGUUGGUCUGUUUGUAUUUUUGAAGUUGUUUUAAGUUGGCAUCUUUUGCAUUUUGAAGUUUUAAGAUUGCAAUAAUCGGAUUGUUUGAACCCACAUUCUCCAAAUGAGCUCCAAGUUGGGUCCAAUUUUAAAAAGUAGCAUCAAAAAAAAUUAAAUGAAAAAUUGCAAUGUGAAAUGAGGCAAUUGACAGUUUAAUUGUGCACUGAGGCAAAUAGCUCCAACCAUAUUUAGCAUAAAAAGGACACAUUAAAAUUCCUCUUUGUGAUGGGACUCGUGGAGAUGGCCUUUUCAACUGCUUUCCCCCCACCUGCCAAAAUAGUUGUAUUCAUUUUGAAGUGUAUAUUAGAUAUUUAAAUAGUUAAUAUGACUUUUGAAUGGUUUGUCACAAUCUCAUUUUAUGGCCACCUUGUAUUCAUUGUUUGUCUUUCAACAGGGGGCUCAUGUAGCACAGCUGCAUGUCCCCCAUGAUAUGUAGUUUCCUCAUUAUGUAUUUGAUUCCAAGUUUCAGCUUGAAAAUGUGGGUCUCCUUAUGCACAGUGCUCAAUGGCACCUUACCGACAUGGUGAGUGGGAUAAUAAAAUCUACCUAUGGAGAAAAUAGCCAUCUUCCAUCAUGACUCAAAUGCUAAAAACACUGACUGAAUUCACACAUUUAGAAUUGUUAUUUGACACUAGUUGCAGCUGUCUUUUCAAGAUAAAACUUCUUUGAACACUUCAAUAAUUUAGUUAAUAAAACUCUAAGAUAACUGCAUUGAGAUGUACUUAUGGUAACUUUAGAAUUUUGUGUGUGUAAUUAGUAUUCCAUUUUUUUUUCUGGUGUUUGACUUUGUGAAGUCAGCCUCCAAUGCAAAAGGUAUUAUUUAUAUAGAGAACAAUUGGGGGUGGGAGGGUGGAGUUUAUGCUUGGAUAAAUAGUGAAAGUGCCCUCUCCUUCAGAGAGAGGUGAGAGAAUAACCUUGUGAAGUUCAAAUCAUAUUUUUAUUUGUUGCUUCAACUUAUGAUAGUAAAGGAGAUGUUUAUGUGACCAAAUUAUUAGCUUAAAUAAUUCUAAUGAAGUUUGCUUACUGUUCUGCAUUGAUUUAAAAUGUUAGCAUAGGUAAUUCCAAUUAAGUGGAAGAUGAUUAAUAUAUCUGAAAUUCUUAUUACCAUUUUCACUGUUAACAUCGUAAAAAAUGUAUGGGGCAUUAGUGUUGAAUUAUACCACUGAUCCACUAAUGUUUUGAUAAUGUUCAUUUAAUCCUAAACUGCAAACAAGAAGAUUAAAUUAAAACAGAUUUGAGUUGGCAAAUAUUCAAGUCAUUAUACUGUCACAUUGAAGUCCUGGUGAUGAGAAUCCCAGUCACAGCAACGUCUAUUUUCUGAUUCUCUUAGAACUUCCUGUGUUCCUGGAUACAUUCCAUGAGAUUAAAUAAUAUGCUCAUUAUACCUGAUUUCUAAAUCCCCAGUAUUGACUUUUAAGUUACCAAGGUGGUUUAUUUUUGUUCUGUUUACCACAAAAUUGUUAUAGGUUGUUUCAGAAAUAUCCAUUUAAGCUAGAAUAAAACAAAAUUAUAAUAACAGAUGCAAGAAGUAGUCCUAGAAUAUUGAAGCAAAAAUGAAUGGCCAUAAUAUUUGUAAGCACAGCACUUUUGACAGAAUUUCAUCUUAAUUCUGAUUUCCCAUGUUAACAGAAUUCUGCAUGGAGGCUAAUUUUUAUGAAAUGCAUAUUAUAAAUGACAAAAUCCUGAAGAAGAGUGUAUAACUGACUGUAAGAGAAAUACAUUCAUACAGUGCAGAAUUUCAAGAACCAAAUUCCUACAUUUAAAUUAUCUCUGCAUCUUUUCACUCUGUAUUCAUUGAAAUUUAAAAACUUGCAUUCUGUUUGUAAAUGUAUAAUUGCAACAUGCCAUGUAAAUGACCUGUAAUAAACUUUCUGAAGCAAUUGCAA